GUGCAGGGUCUUUUAUUCGAGGUUUGAUCACAUGACCCACUCAAUUUACAAGGGAAAUUCCCACAGACAAUAUAAAGGCCACGUUGAAGAGAUCUAGAGGCGGCAUCUAAAGAACUGUUUCUCACUUGAUUCACAAUCGGUAUUUAUGGUAGCUGGUAUGAGUGUUAAGAGCGGCGAGCCACAAGGUGGCAACACAUCAUCAGCCAACAGGAAGAUACCUACACAGACAAAGACUAAGGCCCCAGUAGAAGCCUUGCAGAUGGCGCGUAUAUUGGAUGAUAGUCGAUAUCCAGCGGACCUGAGUGACAAGAUACGCUCUGUGCUAGCGAUCGUACCACAUCGCUCAGAGGAGGAGAUAUGUAUAGCGUUACAUGAUACGGACUUUGACCCUGAGAAAGCUAUUUCAGUGUUACUGGACAAUGACAAUCACAGCAGUACAGGGUGGACAACCAGCGGAGGAGGUCGCAAAGGCAAGAAGAAGUCUACACUGAAUGAUGGUAUUGAUCUGAUAGUAGCUCCUGGGGACACUAGAACACAAGGCAAGCGAAAGCAAGGAGGAACAAACAGAGCAGCACCCACAGGGACUCGUGAGGGCUAUGGUGGUGGUGUAAGUGUUGGGAGGGGGCGUGGCACUAGUGGACGUGGGCGUAGCAACAGCGCCCCUCGUAGAGAUACAGGCAAAAGGAAGACUCCGACCACCUCCAGCAGCACCAGUGGUAGCACCAGCACAGUCAAUGAUAGGCGGAGGGCACCUAAAGGAGAGAGACAAGCACGGCACAGCACUAAGAUAUCACCUCCUACACCAGCGGCAACAGGAGAUGAGCUGCUGUGGGAUACUCUACCAGUGGAGAAUAACAGAGGUCAAGAGGUCAGAGGUCAAGAGGUCAGAGUGGAUGCAGAGGAAUGGCCACCUUCAUGGGAACAAGCAAACAAGCAGCCUGGAGUGUACUGGGAGGACACACCCACUUUACAAGAUGAGGGGGCGGCACCUGACACGCCCCCAGUGUUCCCUGAGGCUAUCCCCACCUCACAACAACAACCCCCUCCACUUAGCACACUCUCCGAGGUCACACCCACACUGGCGAUUGCCGAUAGAGACAGUACUCACCCUCAGAGCAGAGAAGGGGGGAGAGAUGAUGACAGUAAGAGACGUAAAGCACGAAGGAUUGCACGGUCUCAGAUACCAACCAAGCCAGUGGAGAUGCCAGGGGGAGAGUCACUGGACCUUCAGUUUGGUAGGCUUGGUAUUGACUUUGGUGGCUCUGAGCAGCAACAGCAUCAGCAUCCACCCACAGCAGUGCCCACCAACUAUCCCAGCCACUCUACAGCAGUGCCCACCAACUAUCCCAGCCACUCUACAGCAGUGCCCACCAGCUAUGAGUCACUGCUCACUUACUCUGAAGUGCAUAGACUUGCUGAGGACCCUAGUGUGAUCUGUGUGAGCAGCUCCACUAGUACUGGACAGUACAGACACUCAGAGCAGUCACAAGUGGACACACCCGCUACUAGUCUGGAGGGACCUCCUGGACUAAAACAUCCAUCAUCACAUGAUAGGAGCCUCGAGUCACAUGAUCAGCUAUUAAUGUCUUCCCAGGAUCGUAGUGGAGAGUCACAUGACCUCAGCCUUGAGUCACAUGAUCAGCGAUUGCCGCUAAGUGCCCCUCUAUCUCCUCAGAAGGAGAAUAUCGAAGCCUCCACUUCUGAGGCAGCCAGCGUCUUACCAGAGCCAAUAGAAAUGCCCAGUCAGCAGAUCACCUCUACAACUACGGGUUACUCUGGUAGUGAGCUGCUCAUGUCUACAGCUCCCGCCCCCACAGUCACACCUUCCACUACACACAGCACAGCGGCUGGUGGGAAACCUGUGCCACCCAACAUGAUGUACCCCCACCUUAUGCAUCAAUACCCAGCAGCCUUCAUGCCAAUGUACCCGACGGCUGCUGGUAACUAUGGUGAUGACCUCUCCCGCUACCAGGCCUCCGUCUCAUUGGCUGCUUACUAUCAGAGUGGCGGAGCUGACCCAGCGCUAUCAGCAGCAGGAGGUACACCACGAGACAUGUACACAGCAGGAGGAGUGGGAGGGGACAAGUUCGGCAGAGGGGGGUCAGAGGUCAGUGUCACUAUGAGUCAGUCAUCAGUCGGCCAAGCCACUCAAGGAGUGGCUGGCAGUGGAGGGAUGCAGCCUGCCUUCAUGAACUACCCCAAUAUGUACCCCAGCUCAAUGUUCUAUCCGAUGUACUUCUCUCCAGCAGCGGCGGCACAUUCUAUGCCCCCUAAACCAACCACUGCUGGCACAUCUUUCCCGGGAAGUGGGAGCAGUUAUCAAGGACAAGGGGGCGGGGCUAACUAUAAUUAUGAGGAGUUGUCGUCAUCACAUGAAUACUCCAAGAUGUAUCCUGGUGUGGGGUCAAAGUCCACCAACCUCCCUAAAACCACAGCUGGAGAGAUGGGUCUUGGUUACAAGCAGCAGCCACACUAUGACAACAAGGGACCUGGUACAAGCAACUACCAACAGCAGCAGCAGCAAAGCUUUGGAGCCCAACAACAACAGCAGUACAUGCAGUACAUGCAAGCUGUACCUGGAGGCAUGCCUUUGCCUCCUAUGCCAGUCAUGCCUGGUGGGGGGGAGAGUGGGAGAAAGCACACAAGCAAGACUGCAGGCUAUCAGAGUAACAACAGCUUCUGGGGAGGUCAAUCCUCCUAACACUUGACUGACUGACUGACUCGCACAACUCUUAAUAAUAAUUAUGAUGCAAUGCAAUUAUUAGGCUGAUCUGUAUUUAUCUGUGAUGUGUGUGUGUGCUAUUGUGUUAAUCAAUCAUUGUUAGUCAAGUUG